GGAGGAGGAGGAGGAGGAGGAGAAAGAAGAGGAGGAGAGGAAAGAACAAGAGAUCAUGGGCUCGCUUCCGAAUCUCCACGAGCUCUCACGGGAGAAGCUCUCGAGCCCUGUGCACAGGCCUGCCCCCGUGGGAGAUUUCGGCCCCGUGAGACUGCCGCCCCAGCCGCCACCCCUCGCCUACACGCACAAACGCGCCAGGAGCAGCGGCCACCACCACCACACCACUCAGCUCUGGGACAACGAUGUCAUGCUCGAGCACAUGGCGACGUAUUCGCCGAUCUCCUGCCGCUCAGCCCGUACCUCGGCUCUCUCUUGGCGCCGCCGGGAUUCCAUGAGCUCAUCGGCGGGCGCCUCCUCGGUGCGGCGACUGAUCGCGACCGUGCGGGCUGCCCCGUCGGGACCUAGGCCCCCGAAGAAGGCGGUGCUGCGCCACUGCGCGGCCGUGCUCCUGGGCCACGCGAGCUGGUCAGCGGCGACACUGCCGAUGUUCCCGCUCCAGGCGGGCCUCGGUGUCUUCGAGCCACAACUGGGCCCGGUGCUGUUGGCUCUUCUCUUUGCCGCCGCGACCCUCGCCAGCUGUUUCGCCCCAAUCAUCACACAGAAGCUCGGCACGAACCUCGUCAUCUCCAUCGGCCACCUCAUCACCGUCCUCUUCGUCGGUGUGCACCUCUAUCCCAAGUGGUACAUAUUAUUGCCAAGUUACGCGCUGUUAGGUGUCUGGAUGAGUCCGAGCUUCCUGGCCCGCACCGCCCACGUCAACAUCUCGGCGACGAGUCUUGGACUCGUGUGCUCCGAUCCAGAGGACCCGGAUGAGACUAGACGCGAUUGCAUCCUUAGACGACUUAGUCGGGGCAUCAAACUUGCCGAGGAUAUAGGUCUCGCCUUCGGCUGUUUCGUGGCCUCGCUGCUGAUAAAGAUAACAGAGACGUCGUCACCCGGAGGGAUGAGGGAGGGCGAAAUCGAGGACAUAUGCGGCGCCGAGUAUUGCCCCGAGGAGAGGUAUUUGUUCAACGAGACGCUGCUUCUGCCGACAAUGGCGGCCAACACCUCGAGGAUGGUCGUGACCGUUUGGUUAGGCUUGGCGGUGCUCGCCUUCAGCAUAUCCUGCGCCUUCCUCGACGGCCGCAUGAAGGAGCCUCAGGGGGUGCACGAUCGUCUCAGCAGCGAGGCCAUCCUCAAGUCCGUCAAGUGCGCUUUUCAGGACCCGAAGAUGCAGCUCGCCACGCCGCUUACUCUUUUCAUUGGACUCGAGCAGGGCUUCAUAUUCGCUGACUUCACCGAAGCAUACGUCGUGUGCGCAUUAGGUGGUGCCGGCGCGGUGACUCUAAGCUUUUUGAACCUUGGAUUACUCCAGGCUCUUGCCGGGGCGACGCUUUCCAUGUUAAUGAGGCACAUCAAGCGGUACUUCGUUAUUGCCGUAGGUUUUGCCUUCCAUGCCUGUCUACUACUGGUUCUGGUGACCUGGCGACCAGCGGGAGAUGAUCCUGCACUGUUUCACGUCAUAUCGGCCGCCUGGGGCGUUUGUAACGCUAUUUGGGAAGUCCUUAUAUAUACAUUGCUGCUCGGUCUGCAUCCAGGCGCGUGGCAGGGUCCAGUGGCAGUGUCGCUUUUUUGGCGCUGGUUGGGCCUCUCUCUGGCCCUGGGGCUUCACGGCCUCGUCUGCACUCGAGUGCGAGUCCUGGGGCUCGCUGCCAUGCUGCUCCUCUCGGUGCUGCCUUACACUUGGCUUGAGAUGCGACUGGCCAGGCGGGGCAAGUGUCUCGCGCCCUUGUGACCGCGCGAGACCCAGGCCCAGCAGCAUCCCCAGAGCCGCCAAGCCUCGCAAAGAAGAAAGGGCUCUCACGCCGACUGAGUGAGGCUCGUUCCAUCCGGGGCAUGGAGGAAGGGAACUCGAUCCAACAGCCUGAACGGCGGCAGAGCACAGCAGCGCCUGACGUAUGCGCUCAGCCAGCCGAGCGUCAACGUGUUUGUCUGCCAUACGGGAGACGCCGGCGCCGCCUAUCGGGCUGAUCACUGAUUUAUUCCAUCGCGAAUUACCGGCCGUUCGUUCGCCCAGCGACUUAUCGUAACAUUCAACCGUUCUACGUUUUAACGCGAGAGGAUUU